AAGCAGAACAGCUAUUUGUGGAAAUGCAGGACAGGAAUCUGCAGCCCAGUGUUGUAACAUACACUUCACUUUUACAGGGCUAUGACAGCACAGGGAGCAGAUUAAAGAUGUUUUCUCUUUUUGAGGAAAUGAGAGCAAGUGGGAUAAAACCUGAUGAAAUAACCUAUGGUCUGAUGGUCGAGGCUUGUUGCAAAGAAGGUGAUGUGGUAAAGUCUCUAAAACUGAUGGAUGAAAGUUUGGUCAAUAGUGUUAAUUUGAACAGUGUUGUGGUAGAUGCUCUGGCAAAUGCCAUAUUCCAAAAGGCAGAAUUUUCGGAAGUGAUGAAGUCCCUUGAUGAAAUGGGAGAGCAAGGAUUUGUGCUCAGUCUUGCUACAUGUAAAACAUUAGUUCACGGAUUUUUCUACAAAUCAGGGAAUACAGAGAAGGCAGCCAGGAUUCUCGAGAGCAUGCUCAGGCUUGGAUGGGUUUCAGAGUCCACAAGUAUGAGCGACUUAAUUAAUGAUGAAGAUCAAAGUGAGGCUAGCUCUGGGAUCUCUUGAAGUCUAGUUUAGUACAGUAGGAUUUCUGGUUCCGUCCUAUGGUUCCAUAAACCAAUGCAAAUGCUGGCCCAAGCAGGUAGCUAGUUGUGGUUAUGGAAAACCGACGCUUUUGCACUUUGCAGCUUCCUCAUUGUGAAACCGGUGAUUGUGGGCACCCAUUCAACAAACAUGUUAGACUCCGUGGGUAUAAAGACAUUCAUGUACAGAGCACGCGGAGGGGAGAAAACGGGAAGGACUGCUGACAAGGUAGUUAACUGGAAUGCAGGGUUCUG